AUGGCUCCCGAUUGCUGGAAAAUGGGCAGAGAAUGCGGAAAAGCAUCUGAACCGCUGGCCAAAACAUUAGGCCGCCCUAAAAUCAACUGGUCGGCGGAGAGAAUGAUUCGACAAAGUCAUCAAAUGAGCAGUAGAGACGGCAAAAUAGAACAGGUUUGUUGCAGCAGCGGUGCAACCUGUAAGCGUGAAGGCAUUGCGUUCAACCUAUUUGGCAUAUCCGAAUUGGGAGAGUUCCAAUGUCAAUUCCAUCUCAGGCCUUCUUUUCCCCACCUCGUAGUUGGCAUACCUACCGAUUCCUGCGGGCCCAUAAAAGAGGGGUGCCUCUUUCCAACAAUCUUACUCAGAGCUACUUUCGACUCAGAUCCUAAGGCCAUUUAG